AUGCAUUGGUUCAAUUAUUGUUUGGAAUCAUCAUGCUUGAAUGGUGUUUUAUUGCAUCAAAUUGACGGACACCGGCUAUAUGCUUGUUGUUCAUUAUUUGCAGCAUUUGGAUGUUGUCGACGUGAUAAUAUAUAUGAUGACGAUUAUACACUCCUUGAUAGAGAAUUGAUGAAAUUUUAUGUGAAACUUGAUGUACUCACCGCUGCUCCAUCUGUACUCAUUUUAAAAUCCGGUUUAAGAAUUUGUUCUAAUGGUGCUGCUAGAACAAAUAUACCAAUAAUACAAGAUUAUGCUUAUUACGAAGUGAAACUACAAAAUUAUAGAGGGUCAUGGGGAAUCGGGCUGUGUACAGUAAAUACUCCAUUGGAUUCUGUCCAGUCGCUUACUGAUGAUUCGACAUGUUGGAUACUUAGAAACGAUAUGAAAAUAUGGAGUCGUGGUCAUGUGAUUGGUCAGUUAAAACAAUCUGUUGAAGAGGGUGAUAUAAUUGGGGUGAUCUAUGAUAAAGGGGAAUUGAGAUUUACAAUCAAUGGAGAUAUUGCUCAUGUGUAUUCGGAGCAAACAGAACAAAGCCCACUGUGUAUUGACAGCGGUGGUGAAGUUUUGUAUCCUGUAUUAGGUGUGGGAGAUGAUACAGUGUUGGAUGUGGCUUUUACGGCGAACUCAUUUAACUACCCACCAUUAUCGGUUGAAGGAUUCGGUGAGAUAAAAUUCCAGAAAGAAGUUACUUUUUAGAUAAACUUUCAUUGUUAUUACAACCAUCAUUCCGUUCUAUGUCAUUUUAUAACAAAAUGCCACUGAUUUAUUGAGAAUAUACCAUUCACAUCAGGGUAUUCGGUUUGUUUUAUGAUUCCAAAAGUUUUAUAUGGUGCUCAUAUAUAGUUAAGUUACUGUUUUCAAGUAUUAUUUAGCCGACAACUAAAAAUACUGUGAUUGUUUUUCCUCG